AUGGCUAAUGUGUCGUCGGUUGAUGUGGGAGUUUUGUUUCUUAUCGUGGUGACAGCAUCUUUGGCCAACGGUUCAUCUAACAGAGAUGUGAGCCAGAGGAGGGAGGUGGAAGCGGUCAAAGUGAGCACGCUCCUGCCCGCUGGUGUGGACGACCUCGCCACUGUCGCUCCUCACAGUGAGGUGAAGGCGAAGCUGUGCUCUGCCUGUGAUCCGCCAGUGGCCAGGAAGCGGGCGAAGAGAUGCACGUGUUACACUUACAAAGACAAGGAGUGUGUGUAUUACUGCCACCUGGACAUCAUCUGGAUCAACACGCCAGAGCAUACUGUACCAUAUGGUAUGUCCAGUUACCAGGGUUCCCUGCGAAUGAGACGCUCUGCUGGGACUGAGAACCAGGGGAGGGGGGCAGAAGCCCAGCGCUGUGUGUGUGCACUGCAGACUGACUCUGACUGCAGCAGCUUCUGCAUGCACAGCAGGCAGAGGAGGCCACCCCGAGACGAAGGAUCAGCACCUCUGCUCAGUGGGCCUGCUAUGAAAUGAAGCCAUCAGUGACAUUCUCAGAAUCUGG